CGUAGCGCUCGUAUAGCUUCCCAAUUAUCACGCCUCCAUUUUCCUUUUAUCGACUCCACGCAACUCCAUGCGAGAGGAAAAUUGAAUAUUCCAACCCUAAAAUCACGAUUUAUUACAUAAUUACAUUUGAUCAUGGCAGCACAGUUUUUCAAUCGAUUGGGUCAGAUUGGCCUGGGUAUAGCAUUGACAGGUGGUGUUGUUAACUCUGCAUUAUACAAUGUUGACGGUGGUCACAGAGCAGUUAUAUUUGACAGAUUUGCGGGUAUAAAGAACAAUGUAGUGGGAGAAGGGACACACUUCUUCAUUCCUUGGGUGCAAAAACCAAUUAUUUUUGAUAUCCGUUCACGUCCGAGAAACGUGCCUGUCAUUACUGCUAGCAAGGAUUUGCAGAAUGUAAAUGUCACCCUUCGUAUUCUCUUCAGGCCUGUACCCGACACAUUGCCUAAGAUAUACACGAUACUUGGCGUUGACUAUGAUGAAAGAGUACUACCUUCUAUUACGACAGAAGUGUUGAAAGCUGUUGUCGCACAAUUUGAUGCUGGUGAAUUAAUUACACAAAGAGAAAUUGUGUCUCAAAAAGUCAAUGAAGAAUUAACGGAUAGGGCUGCACAGUUUGGACUUAUUUUGGAUGAUAUUUCUAUUACACAUUUAACAUUUGGUAAAGAAUUUACUCAAGCAGUAGAAUUGAAACAAGUAGCGCAACAAGAUGCAGAGAAAGCUCGUUUCUUGGUGGAAAAAGCAGAACAACAAAAGAAGGCGUCUAUUAUUAGUGCUGAAGGUGAUGCUCAGGCCGCUAAUUUACUGGCGAAAUCUUUAGCUGAGUCAGGAGAUGGUUUGGUUGAACUUAGAAAAAUCGAAGCCGCGGAAGAUAUCGCGCAUAAUCUAUCCAAAUCUCGUCAAGUGGCAUAUCUGCCAUCGGGUCUAAAUGUGUUGCUUAACAUGCCGCAGUAAAAUGAAUAAAUUGUUACAUGUUUCUAUAUGAAUUGUGCAUUUAUGAGAAGUUGAUGCUACAAUAGAGAAGACAGUGUGUAAAAAAGAAUAUAGUCUCUAUGAUGAAAGCUUCCCUGAAAGUCUUACAUAGCAGGAAUAUAUAGUAUUUUGUAUCAUCCAUAGUUUAUUUUAUAAAUUUGCGUUUAUAAAUAUAUUGCAUCCUUAUAUUUUUUAAUUGCUAUAAAAACUCCAGUGUUAAAUAAUUUACUUAAUAUUAAGGUAAUCGGGUCUAGCAUCUACAGCUUGAAGAAUGUUUGGAAAAUCUGAAAGAUUUGCCCAAGAUAUCCUACAUUUAAGAGAUAGUAUUUUUUAUACAAUUAUUAAUUCAUAAUGCUUUUAUUUACACAUUUUUUUCCGCAAUUAAUAAUGACAUAAUGUAAAUUUUAACUCGAACAAUACGAUCAUUAUUUUAACUCGAACAAUACAAUUAUAUUGCUACCAUGUACGAACAAUGUGCGAAAAAUUAUUUCGUUUGGUUCAAUCAAAGCUACUGAUUAAAUAAAAAUUCUGGUAAAAACAGCAUCAACAAGAUAGAUGGGAUAUCUAUACGCGAAUCAUUCAAUUGAGCCAAAGUAUGAUGAUUGAAUUUUAAUAAUUGCUGGAUCGAUUAAGUUGAUAAUCAAAAAAGGUCAGUUAUAACAUCAGUUUAGUAUAUAUACAUAUAUUUACGCUCUAAGUUCGUAUCAGUCUUGAAAUUAUACUUAUCUAUUAAUGUGCCAACCAAA